GCGGCGAUUAACGGUAAAGAGGCAUCCAAUGGAACCGCGCCACGGAACGGUAAGGGCCACGGAGGCGAAAAAUCCAGCGGAAAAGGUGGCAAAACGGCGGACCGAUCGGCCCGGGAGCAGCACACCACCGGCAAGGAAAAUGGAACGACAUUCGGUGAUCACGGCGGAAAGAACGACUCGUCCCAGCCCAAGAAAUUUGGAAAAACUCCAGGCCGUGAGCGCAAAUCCAACGGGGGCAACAAGAAAGGCUCCAAAACCCUACACAAGGCCCAAGCGCUGCAGUUCUCGUCGUCCAAUUUUGGCAAAUCCGGUGUCAACAGCAACAACGGUACUGCAGGCACCAGCUUUUUCCUCACCAGCAACAGCAUCCCCUCCGGUGGAAGCCAAAUCCUCCCGACGCCACCCAACAAUGUGUGGGGCGAGAACCGGGCCCGCUUUAGUGACGUCGUGGCGCAAGCUACCACCAGCAACGCCGCCCUGGACAGACCUAGCGGAAGUGGCGGAAAUGCUUCUAAAAUGCUGAACUUUGAUUUGAUGGGUAAUGGUAUGAGCCUUGCAAACAGCUUCGGAGUAGGUUCCAAUGCCGUGACAGCUCCGCUUGUGCCGGUGGAUCAUCUUCAAGGUGAUGCGUCAAAAGUAGCCGCUUCACUGUUCGGAAAGGCGACAAAGGACGACAGUUUCAUUUCGAUGGAGAAGAAUACGAACACAACCGGAGGAUCGGAACUGGGCCCCAUUGGAACGUCGAAGAAGUCUCCAUCAGCCACGCCGAAGUGCUGGGAACCAUUUGGAAACGCUAUUCAACGACCUACUUCGGUUUCCUUGAACAACGAUUUGCCUGGUGGUUCCGAUAGUUAUUUUUCGCAAGCUUUUGGAGAUUACAAUCAUAGCAACGGUGAUAAUUUCCAUGGAAACAGGAGAGAUCUUCAAUCCCAGUCGGCGUUUGGAACACUAAACACCAAUAAUCAUGGAUUAGGAGCUUCCGGAGGCAUGGAUUCCGUCCUAGACCCUAAUCAGAUGGCGCUAAAUCAACGCGACUGGGAUGCCAACAAGAUCCUUUGGCAGAUGCUUCAAAAGCACGAGGAAUUGAACUCGACAUCUUCUAUGAUGAACUGGAACUCGCUUUGGACAACCCCUCCGGUAUUCUCCCAGGCUGGCCAUAUCCAGCAUCAGCCACCGAACCCUGCUGUCUCCUCUGGUAUGCCCAUGAAUUCGCGACUGACAAACAGUUGGCUCAACACGGGUGCCACAUCGCGGCCCCCGCAGAUGCCUCUUCGAGCACCACCCGGAUUUUCUCCGGUAAAACCCACGCCUAAUCCCUCUCUGAUGGCACAUCAGCUGAAUGUCCUGCAACAGCAGCAGCAGCAUCAACAACAACAGCAACAAGACCAGGCUGGCGCCAAUGCAAGCGGCACAUCCUCCGUUCCGGCGUACGAUCCGUUUCGCCUGAGCUCCAUCUGGGCUCCGGCCAACUCCAGUGGCGACGUAUGGAAUGAGAAGCAGUAAUCCGGAAUAUCCGGACGCCUCAAAACAGAUCCCUACUCUGUUUUGCGAAUGAACAAAGAAAGUAACAACACUGCUUAUUUUACUUUACACCUUUAUUUUUUAAUUCCUUGAACUAGUUUUUACUUGCAACCGUAGAUACUCAUCAGAAGAAGGUUUUGAAUUAGAAACUUAUUUUUUGUUUGAACGCGCUGUGAUUAAACCCCACAAAGCUAUUCUUUUUUGUAACUAAUCCUUCUACAUUCAGUUUGAAAUGUUUCUACUAAUUUUAUUUUAGUUUUUUUUUCUCCUAGAUUACUACUAAUAACAAACAAUGCACCUAGGUUCAUUUGUUUUUCUCUUUGGUUACUGAAAGCUGCUAUUCCAAAAUUGUCACUGAGUGGAAUAGAUCGAACGCCGAGGCAAAACUUGCAGCCAUCAAGCUAAAUAUAAUUGGAUUUUGAAAGCUUCGAAAUAAACAAGCAAAGUUAAAAUUGGAAGACGUACAAUUGUAUUAAAAAAUAUUCAAUACUUAUAUCUUAAACAAACAAAUAAGAAGAAAAUGAGAUGCUAAAAGCUGAACAAAGCAAAAGAAUUGUAACCUGAAAAACACAAAGUCGAACCUGGUUUCGAACGGGAUUUCGUUCCGAUUGUAAUGCGAUUUUCGAGUGACUACUUCCUCCUUAUCUAUGAGGAGAUACUCGAACACACACGUCUUACACUCACAGAAACAGAAGAAACACAAUACAUGAUGAUGACACCCACACGCUAAUGGAUCUUACGCGCUGAUGAUGACGAUUGGAUACUCGAGAGCAAGAAUAAUAAAAAAUACACCAAACUUACGUUUGGAACAAUGAA